ACUCCAGGUGUCCGGUCAUCCCCACUCUGCCAAGCCGCCCUCUAGGAGCUUGUAGGCAUUCUGGUGUCCCACUCGGGAGCUACAAGUGGGCUGUCCUGGCUGGAGCACGGCUUCCACCGCUGCAGAGCCUGAAAGCCAACCGGCAGGACUGAGCGCUGGGAGGAGGCUGUCUUGGAGGCAGCAAGGCGGCGGCCGGCGCGGGGAGGAGAGCAGAGGAGAGCAGAGGAAAAGAGAGCAGAGGAGAUGCCGCGGCUCGGACGCACCCUGUUGUGCCUGCUGCUGGCCGCGGCGGUCCCCACGGCCCCCGCGCCGGCUCCGACAGCGACGUCGGCUCCCGCCGAGCCGGGCCCGGCUCUCAGCUACCCGCAGGAGGAGGCCACCCUCAACGAGAUGUUCCGCGAGGUGGAGGAGCUGAUGGAGGACACGCAGCACAAGCUGCAAAGCGCGGUAGAGGAGAUGGAGGCAGAAGAAGCUGCUGCUAAAUCGUCAUCAGCAGUGAACUUGGCAAGCUUACCUACCAUCUAUCACAAUGAGACCAACACAGAUACCAAGGUGGGAAAUAAUACCAUCCACGUGCACCGAGAAAUUCAUAAGAUAACCAACAACCAGACUGGACAGACGGUCUUUGCAGAGACGGUCAUUACGUCUGUGGGAGAUGAAGAAGGCCAAAGGAGCCCUGAGUGCAUCAUCGACGAGGACUGCGGCCUCUCCAAAUACUGCCAGUUCGCCAGCUUCCAGUACACCUGCCAGCCGUGUCGGGACCAGCAGGCGCUCUGCACCCGGAACAGUGAGUGCUGUGGAGACCAGCUGUGUGUCUGGGGUCACUGCACCAAAAAGGCCACCAGAGGUGGCAACGGGACCAUCUGUGACAACCAGAGGGAUUGCCAGCCUGGGCUGUGCUGCGCCUUCCAGAGAGGCCUGCUGUUCCCCGUGUGUACUCCGCUGCCCGUGGAGGGUGAGCUCUGCCAUGACCCUUCCAGCCGGCUGCUGGACCUCAUCACCUGGGAGCUGGAGCCUGACGGGGCUUUGGACCGGUGUCCAUGUGCCAGUGGCCUCCUCUGCCAGCCCCACAGCCAGAGCCUGGUGUACGUGUGCAAGCCAGCUUUCGACGGCAGCCGCGACCCCAACGGGGAGAGCCUGUUGCCCAGGGAGGCCCUCAAUGAGGAUGAAGACGGUGGCUUCAUGGAGGAGGUGCGCCAGGAGCUGGAGGACCUGGAGCGGAGCCUGACCCAAGAGAGGGUGCUUGGGGAGCCCACUGCCACCGAGCUUCUAGGGGGAGAGGAGAUCUAGAUCCAGGCCUGGGCCAUGGGUAGACGUGCAGUAGAAAUAGGUAAUUUAUUUCCCAGGUGUGUCCCAGAUGUGGGCUGGCCAGGCUUUCCCCAUGUCCCCUUUCCAGUAAGUUUCCCUUUGGCUUGACACAAUGAGGUGCUGUGUGUUUGUCCAGUUGCCCCCACCCCACUCCAGGCGUCAGUGUUCUGGGUAAGGUGGGGCAUGGCAGAGAGAGGGUAGAACCCAGCUCCCUGAAUCUUUCAUUGGCCCCUUUGCCCCUGCAGGUGGACAGACAUUGUGUUUUGGUCUAUAUGGAUUUGGGAAUUGUUUGAAGUGGGGGAGGAAAAUGAGGUAGAGUCUGCCUAGGGUGGGUUUGGGGAAAUGUGGAGGUGGGGGGCUGCUUUGCAAACAUCAACCUGACAAAAAGGCAGCGAGUGAUUUGUGCCGUUCUUUCCCUGGAGACAGGCAUCUGGUGCUCGAUCCGCUUUACAUGCGCUCAUUCACUCAGCUGUUUUGUUCAGUUCCUACCUCAUGCCAGGACAGAUUUUUCAUACCCACCAUUGAGUCACUCUCAGCCUGGGGACGGGAGUGUGUGGAGGCUCAGAGACCACGAGCUACUUGCCAAGCCACAUGGCAAGUGAAGGGCAGACUGAGUUUUCCCCAGCGUCACUCCAAGUUAACCCACACCAAUUUCAGUGUCACCAACAGAACCCCCCAAAGGAGAGAUAAUAAUAAUAUUUGUGCCUGGAAGUAGCAGUGUGGGGUUGCCGUCAUUCUAGUGGAGACCAGUGGUACGGACACUGUCUCCCCUUGAGGUAUGCAGUAGUAACUUUGAAGGUCCAUGAUUAGAGCAUAGAAUCCAAGUUAACCUGCAGGAGACAUACUUAGAUAAUUGCACGGCCCAGAUUAGUAAUGAGAUUUGCAAAACCACUUAGAAGCAACUGAAGACCAUUUUCAAGCACAUGGAGAAAAUCAAUCCAAGCCAGGCUCUAUGAAAUAUGGUUGUAAUAUCCAAACUGAGAACAUGAAACUGGAUGUCAUUCUGCAAAUGAUAUUUUCAGGUGCCAAGAACUGUUCCCAUCAUGUAUUCGUCCAGAGUUAUUAAACUUUAAAGUUGCACAUGGUUGUAUAAGCAUGCUUUCUUUGGUUUUUAAAUUAUGUAUAAACACAUAUGUUGCAUUUAGAAAUCAAGCAUAAAUCACUUUGACUACU